CUGCCAUGCUAGGCGCUGGAUCAGUAGAAAUGUUCGAGGCAGAGUUCUGGGCAUUCGUCGAGAGGACCAGAGUGUGUGGGAGAGAAGGGCUCUUCUUGGCCCAUCCCAGGUGAAGCAACUGGUCAAGGAUGGGGUCAGGGUCAUUGUACAGCCGUCUAAUCGCAGAGCUUACCCCAUGCAGGCAUACCAGAACGUUGGGGCCAAGAUACAGGAAGACCUCUCGGAGGCUCCUGUCAUUAUUGGGGUGAAACAGGUCCCCAUCGACCAACUCAUCCCUAACAGAACGUACUGCUUCUUCUCACACACCAUUAAGGCUCAAGAGGCUAAUAUGCCACUUCUUGAAGCUAUUUUGGAGAAGAACAUCCGGCUGUUGGACUACGAGCGGAUGUGUGACGAACAAGGCCAGCGCGUUGUGGCAUUUGGGAAGUAUGCUGGAGUGGCCGGCAUGAUAAACAUUCUCAAUGGUCUUGGUCUUCGUCUGUUGGCUCUUGGUCACCACACACCCUUUAUGCACAUCGGUCCGGCCCACAAUUACCGCAACACGGAAAUGGCCAGACAAUCUAUUCGCGACACAGGUUACGAGGUCUCGCUGGGGAUGAUGCCCAAAUCCAUCGGGCCUCUGACGUUUAUAUUCACGGGUACGGGCAACGUGUCUCAGGGAGCGCAGGAAAUAGUGCAAGAACUGCCACACGAGUAUGUCACCGUCAAGGCCCUCAAGAAAGUGGCAGAACAUGGAUCCACAAACAAGGUGUACGUGUGUGAGGUCAGUCGUCGGGACCAUCUGGUGAGGAAGGACGGCGGUAAAUAUGACGCGGUGGAAUACGAGGAACACCCGGAGCGCUACAUUUCUGUCUUUGCUCACAAGGUGGCGCCGUACGCCUCGGUCAUCAUCAAUGGAAUAUACUGGGCCGUUAAUUCCCCUAAGCUGCUGACCAUCCCCGACGCCAAGUACCUUCUACAGCCAGUGUAUACCCCCUGGCUGCCAGCCUCGAUGGGUUCUCCUUCACUACCUCACAGAAUGUUGGCCAUCUGCGACGUCUCAGCAGAUCCGGGCGGCUCCAUUGAAUUCAUGUCCGAGUGUACCACCAUCGACACGCCGUUCUGUCUCUACGAUGCCAAUCAGAACAAAGAUACGAACAGUUUCAAAGGCCCCGGAGUACUGGUGUGUAGUAUUGACAACAUGCCCACACAACUGCCCAGAGAAGCUACAGAUUUCUUCGGUUCGUUGCUUCUGCCUCACAUGUACGACAUCCUUCAGUCCGACCUCUCCAAGACCUUCGAGGAACACUCUUUCACGCAUGCUGUUGGUGGGGCUAUUAUCACCAGUGGUGGUCGACUCACUAAAAACUUUGAGUACAUCGCAGAUCUCCGCGCCCAGACCAAAAGAGCUACCAGCAAGUCUGCUGUCGACAUGGCCAGUAAGGAGCAUAAGGUGUUAGUGCUGGGUGCUGGGUACGUGUCAGCCCCUCUGGUGGAAUACCUCUCAAGGAACACCAACACUGGCAUCACUGUGGCAUCGGGACUGCAAGACGAGGUAGAUGCACUGUCGGCUAAACACGCCAACGUUGAGUCUGUUCUGCUUGAUGUAGUCGAGCGUCCUGACCUUCUGGCAGACUUGGUGAAGGGCGUCGACGUCGUGGUCUCUCUCCUGCCGUACUCGCUUCACCACGAGGUCGCCAAGCACUGUAUAACUCAGAAGACCAACAUGGUAACAGCGUCGUACUGCACUCCGGCCAUGAGAGAGCUUCACGAGGCAGCUUCAGACGCAGGCAUUACUGUGGUUAAUGAGGUCGGUCUUGAUCCUGGCAUUGACCACCUCUUGGCUAUGGAAUGUUUCGAGGAGGUCCAAAGAGGCGGUGGUAAAAUUGACUCGUUCGUCUCGUUCUGCGGAGGACUGCCGGCCCCCGAGUUCUCCGACAAUCCCCUGCGUUACAAGUUCUCGUGGAGUCCACAGGGUGUACUACUCAAUACCCUGGCUGGUGCUAAGUAUUUGGAGAAUGGCGAGGUCAUAGAGAUCCCUCCAGGCGGUGCGCUCCUCGACGCCACUGAAGAAUUCACCUUCCUGCCGGGUCUGGCCCUCGAAGGAUUCCCCAACCGUGACUCCACCGUUUACAGGAGCCUAUACGGCAUCCCAGAGGCCAAGACCGUGCUCAGGGGAACUCUGCGCUAUAAGGGCUUCUCUGAUAUUGUCAAGGCAUUACAGAAACUUGGACUGAUCGAUCCUCAACCACACCCCAUGUUGCAUCGAGGGGGUCCUGAUAUUACCUGGAAACAACUUGUGUGUAGUCUACUCGGCCAGCUGGACUCAAAUAUUUUCUACGACAACUUGAGAUCGCUGGUGCUGGAGCGAAUAGAUAAUGAUAACCAGUUACAAAACUUUGAAUCUCUGGGGCUGUUAAAUGACGAUUUGGUGUUCAAGGCUAACUCACCGCUCGACACUCUCUCUCACUACCUCUCAAAACGACUAGAGCUCCAGAGAGGGGAGCGCGAUUUGGUGGUUCUACGUCACGAGAUCGGCAUCACGUGGCCCGACGGCAGGAAGGAGUUGAAGGGCAUCAACCUGGUGUCGUACGGCGAGUCGACCGGUUAUUCGGCCAUGGCCAAGACCGUGGGUUAUCCGGCCGCCAUAGCCACACGGAUGGUCCUGGACGGAGAGAUCCAGGGACUAGGGAUGGUUCUGCCGUUUACCCGAGACAUUUACCGACCGAUCAUCUCUAGACUCGAAAAGGAAGGAAUUACCGCAACGGAAAAAUCCACGUGGGUUUAACGAGAACGAAUCACCAAGAGAAAUAGUUUAAUAAUAAAGUGUAACACAGGCUUGAGUAGACAGAGCAUAAUUACCAUAAAUCAUAUGAUAAUAAGAAGAAGAAUUUGUAUUUUGGCAAUUAAUGAGGAUAGCCGAUAAAGCCAUUAGAAGCUUAUAUCCCUUUACCCAACAGCAUCUAGGCUGUUGACACUUACCUACAGGUCCCCUCUAAUAGUUUGGCGUUCACCAAAAUAAAAUAUCAAAAGUGGCGUUCCGGUAGUGAAGGAGUUUAUAUUAAUUGUUGUUUUGUACUGGUGCUAAAAUAAUUGUAAGAGUUGUAUAAAAAAUAUUGACGUUUAUAUUUUGAAAGAUCAAGUUGUCAAUAAUUGUAAUGAUGUUCGCUGAAGUAAUUUUGUAAGAUUUAAUUUACUGUCCCCCAAAAACUCGUGAAGCCUCUCCUCGUGAACCACAAACCCCAAGAUUGAGACUCAUGAAUCUGAAGCAUUUCUGUACACAAUACUGCAUCAGUGCCUAAUGCUUUAGGUUCAAGAGUCUGAAUCCUGGGGUUAGUGGCUCAUAAGGAGAUGUGAGUACAGAGCUGUAGUAAAACCCCCGUUAUCCACAAUGAAUGCAUUUGGCACCAAAACGAAAUAAUAAUAAUAUAAAAUUCCUCCGACAUCAGGUAGAAUCGUAAGUUUGAAUACCGUGGACAAUGGGGACGAGCUGCCAACAGGACAUGGCCAGUCAACAAUGUGGGUGUCGUCCUGGCUGUGUGUAUGUCACGAGGAGGGAACGGCGUUAUAGCCUCCACCCACAGCACUUCCCCCACACUGUUAUUUCAUAGUUUUAUAUUAUAUUUUCUUUAUUUCUAUGCCACAUCACUUCCCCCACACUGUUAUUUUAUAGUUUUAUAUUAUAUUUUCUUUAUUUCUAUGCCACAUCAUUUAUAUAGAGUAAAUGAGUGUUAAAGAAGUCCAUUUUCUGAUGCACAAUAAGUGAGGCCAGUCUGUAGCACUGUGUAUUAUAGGGGAUCCUAAGAGUGAGUUUCACCUAACCACAAAAUCUCUCGAUAGCUUGGCUUGUAUAAUGUUGUGACCAUUCAGUAAUGAUUUAGAAAGCUGAUAUUGUUCCACUGUUGUUUAUUGUAGUGAAUUAUGUUGUUAAGAAAAUCCAGUGUUUAGUACUACUGUAGUGUAGAGGCGUUUGUUGUGGACAAUUAUAAAGUAAUAUUUUAGUAUUGCAGUAUUUGUUAAUUGUAGUUAAUUAGUUGUUGUUAAAAGCUGUUUUUGUUUCAAUAUCAGGAGUAAUUGUACAUUUAUAACAUUAGCAAACAACUCAAGUUACUUCUCAGUGUGAUUGUCAUUGCUGAUGUUAGUCUAUGAUAUAUUUUGUAAUUUUUACCCAAAUAAAUAAUUUCUUAUA